UCUAUAUACUAUUUAUGAUGAAAAUGUUACAAAUUAUUAUUAAUUACCAAGCAUAUACAUAAGUAGAUAAGUAGAGAUAAGUAGAGAAUAAACAAAAAGUACUACAUACACAUAGUUUUGGUACAAUGUAGAUGUGGAUUGUGUUUCGGUACACACAAUUAAAUACAUGAAUUGCGUUUGCUACCAGUGUGAGUGCUGCCAGACUGUUUCAAAUGAAACAAAGAACGCCAACUAUAAAUGAAGGACAAGGCACAAGUGGGUUUGAAACUUGAAGUACCAACUGUGAGGAAAUCAAGCCAAAUGCAGCAGAUGAAAUCGAUGUCAACAUUAAUUGAAAUUGAAGAUAAUUACGAUCAUAUGGAAAAUGUGGAGUAUAUUUUAGAAAAUGUACUCAUGCCUGACGACGGGAGUCUCGAGUUCAGACACCUACAGGAUGACUACAAUUCUCAUCUGACAUUAUCAUGUAAAUGCUCAAACAACAACAAUUGCUGCAAUAACAUUGAUUUUUGUCACAAGGGCGGACUGAAAUACAUGCGUGUGAAGGGCGAAUUGGUGGUCAUUCCAAAUGAAAGUCAACAAUUUCGAUCUAUACUUGAGUGCAACGAACUCUGCGAAUGCCAAAUUAGCAAAUGUCUGAAUCGUCGAGUGCAGUACGGACCACGCCAAAAACUAGAGGUUUUUGAAUCGCCAUUAUACAAAUCGAAGGGCUUACGUACGACCGCAUAUAUCCCUAGUGGGGCUUUCAUCUGUGAAUAUGCAGGGGAGCUUUUGACUCUAUCAGAAGCUCAAAAGCGCAUACAAAUUAUUGAUGAAAAUUGUCAAAUGAAUUACAUUUUAUGCCUUUAUGAGCAUUCUAAGACAAGAUUAAUUACGAUUGUAGAUCCCUCUAAACGUGGAAAUAUAGGUCGCUAUCUAAACCAUAGCUGUCAACCUAAUUGCAAGAUUUUACCUGUACGAACCAACUGCCCCAUACCGAAAAUUGGGAUCUUUGCUAAACGUGAUAUAUUGGCCAAUGAAGAAUUAUGUUUUCACUAUGCUGGGGGAGACAAUUAUAAUGGAAUGCUCAAUGGAAAACCUUGUCUAUGCGGUUCCACCCAUUGCAACGGAUUCAUUCCAAAUACACAAAUUUAGAAUUAAAAUCAACUUAUACCAUUUCACAACAUUUAUUCCAGAUAAAUGGGAACUACAUUUCAUCAAA